UUCAGCUUUGGAAAGAACAAAAAUGAUGUGGCUGUUAAAAUACUAUUUAUUGGCUUUUUGGGCACAAACGGUGUUAACAAAUCAAAUCGCAAGAAACGAAGGUAUAGAAAUGAACAACAAGUGCACCUACAGUGCAAACAAGAGAAUAUUGAACUGCGUCGAACUGGAAAAUGUGGACGAAAAUAUAGCCCAAUUUAUUACGUCUAAGACACAAAUGUUAUUUCUGCGCAAUUCCAAAAAAAUUAUUUUCGGCAUAAAUCACCAUAUAAAUCCCAACUAUUCAAAUUUAGUCAGCUACCAGAUUUUGAAUAGUCAAUACUUCUCAGUGAAUGCUGGGGCAUUUUUGGGACUUCCGAAUGUUCAAUAUAUGGAAAUCCAUGGAAACAUUUGGAAAGAAAUCAAUGACAACAUGUUUGUGGGACUGAGAAAUUUAGAAGUACUGAAUCUGGCAAAUAACCAAAUAGAAACAGUGAACAGGUAUUCCUUUAAUCAUUUGAGAAAACUGAAAACUUUAGAUUUAUCAGAUAAUGCCUUGGAAAUAAUACCUUCUCACGUUUUUGAGGCUCUUAGCGAGUUGGAGUCUUUAUAUAUUAAUAAUAACCAAAUAAAAAUCAUUCAAGAAAACUCAUUUUUAAAUCUUCCCUCGUUAAACUUACUGUACUUGACCAAUAAUUCUAUGGAAUAUGUCGAUACCAAUGAAUUCAAUAAACUUAAUAACUUGGAACACCUCAACAUCAACUUCAACAAGAUUAAGACUAUAACCGGCCAGUUGAGUCUUCCCAAACUCAAAUUUUUGCAAAUUAGCAACAACGAGUUAACAGAGUUAAAUAAGGAGGUUUUUGAAAAAUGCCCAGAACUGCUGUCGGUGGAUUUAUCAAAAAAUAAACUUGGACAUAUUACUGAGAAGCCAUUUUUAGGAUUACACAAAUUGAGACAUUUGAAUUUGUACGACAACUUUAUAAAUAUAGGGAAAUUUUCUAAUGUAAAUAAAUAUGCCACAAUUAUUCACAAUUCGUGCUUAAAUUAGAUUAUAUAACGUAGAUCUCCUUAAUGUUUUUAUGUAUAUACAUAUUUUAUGAAUUAAUAAAAUUGUGAAAUAUUAAGC